AUGAAUGCGGAGGGCAGCUCUCAGAUAUAUUCACUCAUGAGCACAACUGAACUCAACUCUGAGCAGGUACAAAGACUUCGUUCGGUGUUGAACGAACAGGUCGAAAUUCACGGCAGGGGAAAUUUCCCGACGUUAAGAUUACGUCUACACGACCUUAUCGUGUGUGUUCGCGACAGUCUUUACGCGGCUGGCAUUGGCCCUAAACACGUCAAAAUGAAUGGUGGUGCUGCAUCUUAUGUGGUUGCCACCGAAGAAUUUGCAUAUUCCGAUCUCGAUUUGAUUUUUCCGAUGAGCUUCGAAGGAGAAGAUAGCUUUGAAAAAGUAAGAGUUGCGGUUUUCAAUGCAUUAGUGCAACUGAUGCCCGAUUCAACCAACAAAGAGAAAAUCUCAGCUGACACAUUGAAAGAUAUUUACAUACGUAAAAUGGUGAAAGUGUCAGAUGGUGACCGCUGGUCAUUAUUCUCAUUGCAUAACGAUUUCGGGCGAUGCAUCGAAUUGAAAUUCGUUGACAGAAUGCGUCGUCAAUUCGAGUUUAGUGUCGACAGUUUUCAAAUAACUCUUGACGUUUUACUUGAUAGGCCGGAUCAUCCGAAGCCGAUUGUCACCGCUGAGAGCAUGUUCGGUGACAUUAAUAAAGCUUUACAGCAUCUCAAUGAACGACUCAUUGAUACAAGGAGACCUGAAGAGAUCCGAGGAGGUGGCCUACUGAAAUAUUGUCAUUUGUUAACACGUGGCUAUAAGGCUGCUAGGCCAAAUAAAUGUCGCCUUUUUGAACGAUAUAUGUGUUCACGUUUCUUCAUUGAUUUCCCCGAUGUGAACAGUCAAGAAGUAAAAUUGAGGGCUUAUCUCGAUAAUCAUUUUGGUACACAAGAUCAGCAAAAAUACGAUUAUUUAUUGCUUUUGUAUCGAGUGAUCAGUGAAAGCACGGUAUGUCUGAUGUCGCAUGAACGACGUCAAACCCUAGCGAUGGUCGAUCGUCUCGCCUAUCAGCUAUCAGUGAAUAUGUAUUAUCAUCAAAGUUGUAUGGGUGGAUUUUGUGGUCAUACGCCUCGCCAGACCUUACUCUAUCUUCCACCAAAUGCUUCUUAUUGGAUACCAGUUGUAUAA